GCAGAGCCGCACACAGCCAUCCACCCUCCCUCCACCCUCCAUCCCCCGUUCUUCUUUCUCUGUAGGACCCCGUCUCUGCCGCCAGCAGAGGAGCGCCGGCCGCCGCGAUGAGUUCCUUCAGCUACGAGCCGUACUACUCGACCUCCUACAAGCGGCGCUACGUGGAGACGCCCCGGGUGCACAUCUCCAGCGUGCGCAGCGGCUACAGCACCGCGCGCUCCGCGUACUCCAGCUACUCGGCGCCCGUCUCCUCGCUGUCCGUGCGCCGCAGCUACUCGUCCAGCUCCGGCUCCUUGAUGCCCAGUCUCGAGAACCUCGACCUGAGCCAGGUAGCCGCCAUCAGCAACGACCUCAAGUCGAUCCGCACGCAGGAGAAGGCGCAGCUGCAGGACCUCAACGACCGCUUCGCCAGCUUCAUCGAGCGCGUGCACGAGCUGGAGCAGCAGAACAAGGUCCUGGAAGCCGAGCUGCUGGUGCUGCGGCAGAAGCACUCGGAGCCGUCGCGCUUCCGGGCGCUGUACGAGCAGGAGAUCCGCGACCUGCGCCUGGCGGCGGAAGACGCCACCAACGAGAAGCAGGCGCUGCAGGGCGAGCGAGAGGGGCUGGAGGAGACGCUGCGCAGCCUGCAGGCGCGCUACGAGGAAGAGGUGCUGAACCGCGAGGACGCCGAGGGCCGGCUGAUGGAGGCGCGCAAAGGUGCCGACGAGGCGGCCCUCGCCCGCGCCGAGCUCGAAAAGCGCAUCGACAGCCUGAUGGACGAAAUCGCCUUUCUGAAGAAGGUGCACGAAGAGGAGAUCGCCGAGCUGCAGGCGCAGAUCCAGUACGCUCAGAUCUCCGUGGAGAUGGACGUGUCCUCCAAGCCCGACCUCUCCGCCGCGCUCAAGGACAUCCGCGCCCAGUACGAGAAGCUGGCUGCCAAGAACAUGCAGAACGCCGAAGAAUGGUUCAAGAGCCGCUUCACCGUGCUGACCGAGAGCGCCGCCAAGAACACCGACGCGGUGCGCGCCGCCAAGGACGAGGUGUCCGAGAGCCGCCGCCUGCUCAAGGCCAAGACCCUGGAGAUCGAAGCAUGCCGGGGCAUGAACGAAGCGCUGGAAAAGCAGCUGCAAGAGCUGGAGGAUAAGCAGAACGCCGACAUUAGUGCUAUGCAGGACACAAUCAACAAAUUGGAAAAUGAGUUGAGAACUACAAAGAGUGAAAUGGCCCGAUAUUUAAAAGAAUACCAGGACCUCCUCAAUGUGAAGAUGGCUUUGGACAUUGAGAUUGCAGCUUACAGGAAACUCUUGGAAGGUGAGGAGACCCGGCUCAGUUUCACCAGUGUGGGAAGCAUGGCCAGCGGCUACUCCCAGAGUUCCCAGGUCUUUGGCCGAUCUGCCUACGGUGGUUUACAGACCAGCUCCUACUUGAUGUCCGCUCGCUCCUUCCCUUCUUACUACACCAGCCAUGUCCAGGAGGAGCAGAUCGAGGUGGAGGAGACCAUCGAGGCUGCAAAAGCCGAGGAAGCUAAGGAUGAGCCCCCCUCUGAAGGAGAAGCUGAAGAGGAGGAGAAGGAGAAGGAAGAGGCUGAGGAAGAGGAAGGAGAGGGAGAGGAAGAGGAAGAAGGUGCCAAGGAAGAAUUUGAGGACGCAAAGGAGGAAGAAGGAGGCGAAGGUGAAGGAGAAGAUGCCCAGGAAGCUGAGGACGAGAAGAAAGAGGAAGGUGCAGGGGAGGAGCAAGCGGCCAAGAAGAAAGAUUGAGCCCCUCUCCUUGACUAUUUCAGGAAUAAUCCCCCAAAACCAGGUCAACCCCAUCACCAACCAAGCAGCUGAGUUCCCGAUACUAUAUGAGUUAAGAAGUCAAUAUAUGUAACAUUCUGAGGUGACUCAGGUUGGACAUUAAAUGUUGUGCUAUGACUUUUCUCCUUAUGCAGAGUAUCUGUUUGCUUGCAGAGUGGCUUCCUGGCUUGCUGCCAGCCUGUGCAUGGUCCACGCUUAUGAGUUCAGGAUCUAUGGCAAUGUGAAUAAUUCAGACGUUUACAAUAAACACACAUGAAUACACGAAUUCACUAAUGUUAAUGUUAAACUUCAUGGAAAAAAUAGUCCUUUGAAUCUUCGGUGGUUAGAAAUGAAAGACCUCAAAUCAUGUGCAAUAAACAGUAAAUAAAGUUACAAUGAAUGACAUUUUUUGCUGUGAUUAUUGACUUUAAACUAUCUUACAGAAGGCAUCAAUAUACAUCAUAUACAAGCGGACUAUUGACCUCCAUAUUUUUUAAAUCAAAAAUUUAACAAUUACAAUGUAUUUUUGCCCUUUAAUUGGUCAUUCUGAGGGAUACAGUUAGGCCAUGAUCAUUCAUGAAAUCUCUCCCCUCAAAAUUUUUAUUGAUACUAAACUUGAGCAAUUGGGAGUCCCUGGGAUUCUUUUUCUUUUAUCAAUAGCAAACUACUUUUGCCCCCAUAAAAUGUACUAUAUAAUGUUGUGAAUGACUUUCUUGGAGGCAAUUCUGAAGUUAUGUGAUAAGUAUACUGUUUAUGGUAAACAGGUAACUUAAACAAUACUAUAUAAUAAAAAUGCAAUUUAGAGAGAAUUUGA